UCGACCUGGAGCUGGGAUACGAUACGUUGACUGUCGGAGACGGUGGAGAGGUUGGCGACUCGAAAACAAUCAUACAAGUGUUAACGGGCAGUUUCGUCCCUGACCUCAUCGUCAGUAUGACCCAUCAAAUGUGGCUGCAUUUGCAGUCUGAUGAAAGUGUGGGCUCUAUUGGUUUUAAGAUCAACUAUAAAGAAAUUGACAAGGAAAGUUGCGGGGACCCCGGCAUCCCUCUGUACGGACUCCGAGAGGGCGGGGGCUUCUCCAACGGAGACGUGCUGCGCUUUGAAUGCCAGUUCGGAUUCGAGCUCAUUGGCGAACGAAUGAUUUCCUGUCAGAAUAACAAUCAGUGGUCUGCUAACAUCCCUAUCUGUAUAUUUCCCUGUAUGUCCAACUUCACGGCGGCCAUGGGCACCGUCCUGUCUCCGGACUAUCCCGAGGGUUACGGCAACAACCUCAACUGUGUCUGGCUGAUCAUUGCAGAACCAGGCAGCCGCAUCCAUCUGGCCUUCAAUGACUUCGACCUGGAGCCUCCCUAUGACUUCCUGACUGUGAGGGACGGGGAGUUGGUGGACGCUGUGGUGUUGGGACGCUUCUCUGGGGCGGAAGUGCCUUCGCACCUCACCAGCAACUCCAACAUCCUCCAACUGGAGUUCCAGGCCGACCACUCGAUGUCCGGCCGAGGAUUUAACAUCACGUACAGCACGUUUGGACACAAUGAGUGCCCGGAUCCCGGAGUGCCUAUGAAUGCCAAGCGCUUUGGUAAUAAUUUCCAGCUGGGAAGCUCCAUCUCAGUGGUGUGUGAGGAGGGCUUCAUAAAGACGCAAGGCUCGGAUACUAUUGUGUGUGAACUGGAGGCGGGAAAGGUGAUGUGGACACCCUGCGGAGGACAUUUCACCGCUCCGGUGGGAGUCAUUCUGUCCCCGGGGUGGCCCGGCUACUACAAAGAUUCCCUGAGCUGUGAGUGGGUCAUCGAGGCCGAGGUGGGACGCUCCAUCAAGAUAAGCUUUGACAGGUCUGUUGGAUAG